UCCUGAAUUUGUGUUGUUUUUUGCUGUUUCAUGGACCUCUAAUAGAUCAGGCAAUGCAUAAAAACAAACUGCAAGAGUAUGCACAGAAGUCUGGCUUGCCGCUUCCUGUCUACACAACUGAUAAUGGUGGUUUUGAUCACAAGCCGAAGUUUCAGUCCACUGUGUUGGUGGAUGGGAUGGAAUAUAGAUCAGAACGAAGCUUCUCACGUAUCAUAUUUGCUGAAAAUGAUGUUGCAAAAAUUGCACUGGAGUGUAUAAAGAAGAACAUGAAAAUUGCAGAAUCCUGUAGUAUCCACAUGCAGGAGCCAAAAAUUUCAAAGUCGAUUCUGUAUGAAUUUGCAAUCAAGAGCAGAACUGAAGUUCCUACGUACAGAACUAACUGUGCGGAAGAGGCAGAACCAGUUUUUGUCUCUACAUGUACCUUCAAUGGCAAAAGCUACACUAGUGAGAUAGCUGGAAGCAAGAAAAUGGCGGAACAGUUUGCAGCACGCAAAGCCAUACAAUCACUUCUCGUGUUUGAUUCAGGUAACGUUCUCUCCCAAAUAAUCAAGUCCAAGAGUAAGCCUAAUUCGGCACAAAGCUGCAUUAAGCCCACUGGUGUAAAAUCAGAAAAUCGUCCAGAUCAUACCUCUGCUACUCAGUAUGGAGGAAUGUUGGGUGAUAGCAAUCAGCGCAAACGCAGGAAUGAAGUGAACUAUAGUGGUGUAAAAAGGGUCCGAAUUGGUGAAUUUUGA